AUGACAUUUUUCCAUUUUAUCAAUUGUUUUGCAUUGUCAUUUGCACCGUAUUUUAUUGUAUAUAAAUAUUCCGGUGAGUUAUCAUAACUUAUUCUAUUUUUCAAAGAAAGAAAGAAAAAUAUAUUCAGGAAUCAACGAAUAUAGUUCAAUUUGGAAAUGUGCUACAGCAAGUGGUGGAUAUCUGUUAACUCAGCUUGUCAAACUUUUAAUCCUCGCCACAUUUUUCCCAACAUCUGAUGUCGAAGGUUUCGCAAUUGUUCCCGAAUUCUUGAAAAACUGUGCUGAUAUCAUGGAUGUUAUUGGACUUCACCUUUUGAUGACCAACUUUUUAGCAGGAAAGGGAGAAGUUCGUUUUCUAGUUGGUGGAAUUGGUUGGGGAUUUGCUCAUUCGAUUGCACAUCGUGCUAUUCUUUUGUGGGUUGGAGCGAGAGCUUCGGCGUUUACUUGGAGAUGGGUUCAAACAUCACUCGAUUCAUCGUUCGAUCUUCUUUUGAUUCUUUCAAUGGCUGCGCUUACAUGGAUGCUUACACGUAGUAGCAAUAAACUUAUUAUUGUGCCAGUUUUAGCCUUGUGCAUCUUCUCAACAUUCAUCUAUCAGUAAGUUUGGUUUUACCUUGAGCUGACUUUGAAAAAAUGUGGCAAGUCGAGGAAAAUUGUAAUUCAACACAUCAUUAGAUUUUUAUGAAAAUUAAUUUCGAAGCUCAUUAGCUCUCUUUCAAGCCAUUUCUAAAACAGAUUAUUGUUUUUAUUCUAGAACUGUUCAAAAUGUGUUGCUUAUCACAAGCUGGUCAAUUCUCGUCUUCCGUGCUAUUUAUUCGAUCUCUGUCGCUUCAAUGACAGUCUUGGUUUAUUCCGUCAAUCGAUCUUCCAACAGCGUCAAGAAAUACGAUUAA